AUGAUAAUGAAUAUUCCCACGUAUACAAAUGCAGCUGGUGAAGCUAAAUUCGACAACUGUCUAAUUUAUACAAAUGUCUCCAUCAAUAACAACACGAAAGGUUGUGAAACAUACGAAUACGAUCAUACUUGGUAUGAAAAAACUGUACCUUCCGAAAAUAACUGGGUUUGCGACAAAGAGUUAUAUGUUGCGAAUAUCUUCGCUUCGAGCAAAAUCGGAGAACUUUUCGGUUCAAUAAUCUUCGGGUGGUUUGGAGAUACAUAUGGCCGUCGACCUAGCUACAUAAUAUCACUCUUGUUGAUUAUAGUUGGACGUAUGAUUUCUCUUCUAUCGGGAUCGUCCUUUAUUAUAUUUGUAAUUGGAUGUGUUAUAUCCGCAUUCCCAUCUUGGGCUGCGCUUCAAAGCGUCGGUGUAAUAUCCAUGGAGCUUUCUUCACCAGCACGGCGCACUAUGACUGCCACCUUUCGGUUCGCUGGUUGGAGUGUUGGGAUGGCCAUUAUGUCGCUAUUAUUUUGGUGGCUGAGGGAUUGGAAGACUUUCUUUAUUAUCACUACUGCAACGCAGCUUCCUUUCUUACUGUUUUCAUGGAAAAUGAUUGAAUCUCCACGUUGGCUUUGGAUACAGGGUAAAACAGAAAAAUGUGUAAAAUAUUUGAAGCUUAUAGCCAAGCAAAAUGGCAAAGAUCUGUCAAUAGAAACCGAAAAAGAAAUAUCAAAUAUUAAACCUAUAAAAAAUAAUGAUUCAUUGGGAACUUUAGCACUGUUUUCAGGGUGGACCAUAGCGAAAAAUACGACGUUACAAUUAAUUAUAUGGAUUUGUAUAAGCAUGAGCUAUUCAGCCAUUAUCAUGAGCUCUGGAGAAAAAGCAGAUGGCAAUCCCUUCUUGGAGUUAGUAUGGCAGUCUCUGGCUGAAAUACCAGGUUAUUUCCUGGCCGCCUACCUUGCUGACCGAAUCGGUCGUAGAUACACGGGCGCAACGUCCUUCGCGAUCAUAGCAACAUCAUGGACGUUCCUCGCCAUUCGGGAAAGCAGCUCCAACCAAAUUUUGCGACACUCUUGGAUGGGAAGUGGCAUAGUUAUAAUAAACAGAUUAACUACCACUAUGUCAUAUUCUAUCAUAAACAUAUUUAAUAUGGAAUUGUACCCAACUUGUAUACGGCAGUCAGGAAUGUCGUUGGGGAAUUUGUUUAGCAGCGCGGGUUCAGCUCUAGCACCAUAUGUAUUGUAUUUGGGGCGUCGUAUAGAUUCCCGGCUGACAGGCGUAACAUUAACAUGCAUAUGUUUUGUUGGCGUAAUUUGCAACAUGUUACUCCCUGAAACAUUGAACAAGAAAUUACCAGAAACUAUUCAAGAUGCUCAAGUAUUUGGCAAAAAGAUACGAAAAUACAUACCUGUGUCUUUAAAACAUCCUGCUGAAAAUAAUUUU